AUGGACUAUAAACUCUUCUGUGCGCAUGAAACUAUAAACAAUCUCACUCUUUACUACCAGGUAAGCAAUGCCCAAGAGGAAUUGUUGCAGUGGCAUUCACAAAAUGCAAAAGAUAACCCCAAGAUUCUUCAUGCCUCAGAGCGUUGUGCAUCUGGGAUAAUGCAAGAAUAA